AUGCCCGAUGAGCAAAUUACCCACGACCUCAUAGGCGAGGCCGUUGAUUUAUACUUCGCCAAAGUCUUCUAUUGGAUUCCUUUGAUACACAGGUCUCGCUUCAAGGAUCAAAUCAAGUCGGCAGAAGGAAGAAGGAGACUGGGUGUCGUCAUUGACGCCAUACUGAUAGCGACACUACGCUUUGUGGAUCGUGACAAGCACUCACUAUCUGAAGAUGGCAUACUGCGUCUGACAACUGAGAAGAGGAAGUCCGUGCUCAUUGCUGCGAUGGAUAGCUUGAGCAUCGAGAACUUGCAAGCGCUGGUUAUCUUGGCGUUCACUGACGUGAGCCUUCCCCAAUUUCAGAUCGAGUUUGUCGCUUCUCUCAUGGUAUUGCUAACAGAGGACCUAGAUUAGCCACGGAACUCCAAACAGAUCAUGCUCAAUAAUUGGAUCGAUGACUCGAACUGCCGAAUAUUUACAGUUAACCACAGAAGAAUCUCAACGAAAUAAAACCAGUACAAGGCGUUUGAGUCCUCUUACAGCUACAGACGAUUGGGUAGAGCAAGAAGAGAGGAGAAGAAUAUUCUGGAAUAUUUUUAAUCUAGAUAGGUAGGCGAAACUCCUGCCGUCGAAGUCCAUACAAGUGCUAACCGUUCAAGCAGAUAUUUUUCUGUCACAACCGGGUGAGAGGUCCCUGGCUUGGCCACUUCCUAUUCGCAUCUAAUCGUUUUUGGAUGGGAUGCCAUCAUUGAUACAAGCAAAAUAAAUCUUAAGUUACCAGCCAACGGGAGCUAUUGGUAUGCGGAAGAACCGGUUGGGUGUCCGUACUUUAAUAUUGGAGAUCGCCACGGGGUUGAGGUUUGCGAACAAUUUGUCCCAAGCCUCGUCGGGUAUAUUAACACCAUUAAACAGAAAACGGACAAGUCUUCUACCCAUCCCAGUGAUCAUCCCCGAUCUGACAUUCCCGGGGAUGCUGGAAGUCCGGUACUCAGCAGCGAGUCGACAGGUGGAUCUUGGCUUGGCGGCUUCGCAUAUUGCAUAGAAGCCACGGAAUACCUUCGUCGAAUUUCGACAUUUGUCUUUCACCAAGACGUCGACUUUGCCAGCCAGAAAGAUGUACGAUCUUGGUUGACUCGCUUCAAGGAACUGGAUCUCCAACUAGUCCAGUAAGUGACUCCGAUCCUCGUCCCUUUGUAGUGCUAAUAUAUCGGCCCAGUUGGAAGAUGUUUCUUCCUCGAAAAUGGAGCGACCCAAAUCGAGCCCCGAAUACCUCCACCGGACCGAGAGAUUUAGACCACAACAUGACCCUUGCGCAUGUCACCCACAACACAUCGAUGAUACUGCUUCAUCAUCGCAUCGCAUACCCGCCGGUCGGAUGGUGCCACAGCGUCCCUCUGCCCAGUGCUUGUAGCGCCGAGACAUGUCGAUUAGCAGCCACCAAAACGAGUAACAUUAUGGAGAAAUGGCUCAGUAUCUGCCCAGAAGAAAUCAUUGUAGCCCCUCAGAUGGCCUUAUGCACGUUCGUUAGUGCCCGGCUUCUGAUUCGUGAGUAGGAGUCUAACCUGAAUCGUGCUUCUGUACUGACAUCGGCUCCAGUUCACUGGCGAAAUGAUGGUAAGAAACUUGAUUCCGAGUUUUGGGUUCUCGUUAGGAGUCUUGAACAUAUGUCUAGCCGUUGGGAAGGCCCAAGAACAAGCAACGUGA